AUGUUUCGGCUACUGACCUCCUGCUGGGCCCGGCUCAAGAAAACAAAAGAGAAACGAAGGAAAGCAUCCAUCAUUGUCAUCAGCUUGGACAACUCCAGUGAAAUUUCGGUUACAGAUGCUUUCCAACGUUUACUCCCCAGAAAACUGAACAGUUACCUGAAAUCUGGACGGACUAAUGUUCUCCUGGACAACUAUGAAGUUUCCAUCUAUGACCUGAAUAGGGACACGAAGGGUCAAGAAUUCAGGCCAAACUACUAUGCCCAGGCUCAAGGAGUGGUUUUCGUAUUGGAUAUCAGUGACUUAGGACGCCUGCAAGAAGCAAAGACCAUCUUAACACGUGUUUUGUCAGAGAAGAGGUUGUCAGGAAAGCCUAUCUUACUCUUGGCAAACAAACAACACAAGAGCAGUACCAUUUUGCCUUGUGAUAUGGAACAUCUAUUCCUGGAAAAACUACUAACAGAGAGCCAGGCAUCUUACCGUGUGGAACCUUGUUCAUUAACUAAAAACAUGUCCAAGAAGGACCAGCAGUCCAUAGUUGAAGGUCUGCGUUGGCUGUUGAAUGCCAUUGAGAAUAAAUCUGCAGAGCUGUCCACAUCAUCACAGCCUGUCAUCGCAAGCACCUCAACUGCUAGGAACAUCAGAACAUCUGGUGAAGGAUGCUCGUCAGAGAGCUUCACUGCCGGGUUUGGAGUAUCCAACGAGAACUUACACCUUGCAGGACAACAGUCAGUGGAAGCUAAACCCCUAAAGUCAAUCUUACAGAAAGAAGGAGUCAGGUUGAGGCCGAAAAAGAAUGUAUCCGUGACAUUUGUUUUAGAUGGAGUCAUAGAGAGAGGUGGACGUUCUAAAGGAAGAGGAGUUUCCAACUCUGUCCACUUUUGCCGCAGUCAGACCAGUAACCCAUCUCCACGUGCUGCUGCUGUGGCUCAUCCUCCCAAAGCAUAUCCAGAGGAAAAUCACCAAAACAUUAGUAGUCGUGAUUUCUUCAGUGGUAAUAUUCUAGAUGAUAUUGAGAAAAGGCCCAGGCCCCAGGGACUUUCAGCUGUUAAUAAUAUGUCACCUCUGCUCUUCAAGGUGUCUGGCUCUUCCACUUGCCCCGGGGGCCUUACUUUGUUGUACCCGAAUGGAGAGUACUUUGCUAGCCUUUAUGAGAAUGAAGACCUCAAUGAAGAAGCAGAACUUUUACAUCCUCACACUCAGACGUAUUUGAUGAACAAAAUGUGGAGCUAUAAUCCCAGGACAGAGAGAAAGCAGCAAGAACUUCCUGUGGCUGGCACGGAGAUAGUAUCAGCUGGGACUUGUGAGAGUUCGGAAGGCUUGGACUUCCGCCUCUGUGCCCAUGAAGUGCCCGGCUGA